ACACCGACUAUCUGGGAUGAUUAUUUCCAUAAAAAUCAGGCAAACAUGAGGUACAGAUACUUUAUAGACAUGCCAGAUCACGUUUUUGAACAUUUUAAGCAGAAGGACGUCGAACCGAGGUUAGUGGAUAUGUAUAAAGGGAUGGCCAUAUACGAAGUACCGUCGAGCGCUGUGGAAGACGAAGCACAAUUCAAUUUCAACGGAGAUAUAGCUGCAGACUCGUACCACAAAACAGACGUCGAUGUCCAACUACUCAAAGAAUUGGGUGUUAAAGUUUACCGUUUUACCAUAUCUCCUACCCGAAUCAUUCCGGAAGUGCACGACCACUUGCCGGGACAUGUGGGAAUAAAAUACUACAAUAACCUAAUUGAUAAGUUAGUGGAAAACGGAAUAACACCAGUGGUACAUAUGUAUCAUUACGAUAUAGGUGUAGAUUAUAACAUUAUUGGAGGGCUGACGAACAAUGCAACAUAUGAGUUCCACGAAAAUUACGCCAGAAUAUGCUUUGAAAAUUUUGGAGACCGAGUGAAACAUUGGAUAGGAACUUCUGACAUUUGGUUAAUCGCUGAAGGGUAUAGUUCCGAGCAUUUCGCUCCUGGCUUUCAGGAAAAAUCAUUCAGCGGAUAUUCCGAUUACCAAACACUUCAUCAAUGUUUACUUUGUAUGGCAAAAGUAUCUAAGAUUUACAACACAGAGUUUAAAGAAAAACAAAAAGGGCAACUAGGUUGCUGCGUUGACACAAUGUGGUUUUAUCCACAAGAUCCAAACAAUCCGGAACAUCAAAAGUGCGCUGAACGUGCACGAAAAUUAACGUUUGGUGCUCUCAUGGAUGUCUUCAGAACGGGUCAAUAUUCGAACGAGAUGUUGGAGAGCGUCAAGGCGACUAACGAACGGGAAGGAAUACGGGUUGAUCGUAUUAAACAAUUUACGGCGCAAGAACAAGAACUAAUUAAAGGUGAGUAAAAAUCCAAUGUUCAA